AAGUGUCUGGUGCAUGCUGGGCAUGGAUGAAUCCUGCCACCCCAUCCCACCUGGGAGGCCAGGCAGAGUGGGUCCAGAUGGGGAUACUGGGCCUGGAACCGUACGGGUCCUGCUUUGGGUGGUGUCAGCCUAGCCCAGCUCUGCUUGCUAGGCUGGGAGCAAGGAUUCCUGGUUCUCAUCUUGUCUCAGCUUCCGGAGUAUCCUUCCCCUCCUAAACUCCUGAUUUCUCUCUCUGCGAAGGCAGAAUUCAGCAUCCUCCCCAGUCUGAGAAGAGGAAAACCUUUGGGACUUCGAGAUCCUCGUUCCCCGCUUUGAGUCCCCCUGGUCCUCCCACACUGACAGCUGACUGGUGCUUUCACUCCAUCCCGCAGCACAGUCUUGAAUCUGGGUCCAAGACCAGCAACCAGAAGCUAGACUCCCCACUCCUCCAUGUCACCCAGCAAGAUUAGGCUUCCGUUGUCUUUUCCCUGAUCCCCUUCCUGUGGGCCCCUCCUCUGGCCCCCAUCUGAGAACAAGCUUAACUGGGAAUGUUUGAACACAUAUGGGUGCCCAGGAGCGGGACGGCUAAGAAGACCGGCUGGAUUGGCCGCCAGCUUUUGUUGGGUCCAAUGUGUGGUCCCUCCUCCUCCUCCUCCCUGCACCUGGCGGGCUUCGAUUCCGGGGACCCCCAGCCCUCGGGUAGGGUGCGGAGGGCCCGGUUUCUGCUCCACUCACUAGCCCCGCUCCCCAGGUCCCUCCGGCCACCCCCCGGCACCAUGAACCUGCCGGUGCCGCCCCCUCCACGUCGGGUACGGCUGAAGCCUUGGCUGGUGGCCCAGGUGAACAGCCGCCAGUACCCGGGACUGCAGUGGGUCAACGCCGAACGCAGGCUCUUCUGCAUCCCCUGGCGCCACGCCACCCGCCACGGGCCCCAGCAGGACGAUGACAACACCAUAUUCAAGGCCUGGGCCAAGGAGACGGGCAAGUAUACGGAAGGGGUGGAUGAGGCGGAUCCGGCCAAGUGGAAGGCCAACUUGCGCUGUGCCCUCAACAAGAGCCGCGAAUUCAGCCUGCUGUACGACGGGCCUCGGGACACGCCCCCGCAGCCCUACAAGAUCUACGAGGUCUGUGCCGCCGGCCCCACCCCACCAGAGUCCCUGAUGGGCGAGGAGUACGGCUGUGGUCCGGGGGAGGAAGAGGAAGAAGAAGAGGAGCUGCAGCGAAUGCUACCAACUCUGAGUAUCACAGACCAGGGUCAGGUCCCGGUCCCCGCCAUGCAACCCUACCCCUGGCUGAAGCAGGAGCUGAAAUGGCCGCCAGGCUAUGAGCCGCCUUUGGGGUUGGGCCCCUCCCCCGCUGCGGCGGCGGCCCUGGCCCUCCCCCCCGGACCCCCUGCUGGCUUCGGGGAGCUGCUUCCAGAGAGCUUGCCCGGCCUGGAGCCCGGACCCCUGGGCUCCAACCCCGCUCCUCCCGCGGAACAGUUGCUGCCGGACCUCCUGGUCAGCCCGCACAUGCUCCCACUGACCGACCUGGAGAUCAAGUUCCAGUACCGGGGCCGGCCGCCCCGCGCCCUGACCAUCAGCAACCCCCACGGCUGCCGCCUGUUCUACAGCCAGCUGGAGGCCACACAGGAGCAGGUGGAGCUGUUCGGGCCCGUGAGCCUGGAGCAGGUACGCUUCCCCGGUCCCGAGGACAUCCCCAGUGACAAGCAGCGCUUCUACACUCACCAGCUGCUGGACGUGCUGGACCGGGGGCUGAUCCUGCAGCUGCAGGGCCAGGACCUCUAUGCCGUCCGCCUCUGCCAGUGCAAGGUGUUCUGGAGCGGCCCCUGCGCCGCGCCCGACCACCCCGGCCCCAACCCCAUCCAGCGUGAGAGGAAGACCAAGCUCUUCAGCCUCGAGCAGUUCCUCAACGAACUCAUCCUGUUCCAGAAGGGCCAGGUGCCCACCCCGCCGUCCUUCGAGAUCUUCUUCUGCUUUGGCGAGGAGUGGCCGGAUCUCAAGCCGCGGGAGAAGAAACUCAUCACCGUGCAGGUGGUGCCCGUGGCAGCCCGGCUGCUGCUGGAGAUGUUCUCUGGGGAGCUGUCCUGGUCGGCGGACAGCAUCCGGCUUCAGAUCUCCAACCCGGACCUCAAGGACAGGAUGGUGGAGCAGUUCAAGGAGCUGCACCAGCUCUGGCAGUCGCAGCAGCGGUUGCAGCCCGCCCCACCUGGACCCUCUAGCCAGGACCCGGGCACGGGACCCUGGCCGAUGCACCCAGCGGGCAUGCACUAAGGUAACUGCGGGCAUCGCCUCCCUCUUCUCACUCUGCCAUGCCCACUGGCCUGCCUCUCCUGAACUUAUGCCGAGGCGCCAACACGAUGCAGGCCCCUCCCCGCCUUGGCCUUCCGGAGUCCUUCGGCCGAGAACCCGCAAGCUGCCCUGGGGAGGAGAGGACAGGAGGCCCGGCCCCGGCGCGACAGCUGGGAUCACCACUCUUGCUGCUGGGGUAGGUGAUCGAGGCUCCAGGAGAGAGCCAGGGUGGAUGGGGCAGGGCCUCAGAGCUGCCGCCGCCACUACUGGCUUGGGGGAGCUCCCCUCCUGGCGGGUGCCGCCUCGCACCUGGGAGGAAUUGCUGGUGGUGUCGGUCCAGAGAAGCCCCGAUUGCCUCCGCUCCCCGACUCCGGGGCCGUAGCACUGCCCUCUCACAGCUGCAGAAGGUGCAAGUGGCUGGGGCAUUCCAAGCAGAGGUGCAAACUGCAGGGAUGGUUUCUGGUAGAGGGCAGAGAUCCCCCCACGCCCCCCUGAGCCACCCCCGGUCUCCCUGAGGCAGAGGGGAAGCUGAGGACAGGUUCCUCCAGCUGGCUACAGCCAGCUACCCUAGGGGUAGGGGACCACGGGACUGGUUGUGGGGCCUGAGCUGCUUUGUUGAAUAAACUUCCUUAGACUUGCC